UUUUUUAAAAAAUUUUCAGGGUUUGGCCUCACCCUCCAGCCAUAGUCAACCCCCACAACUCCUUCAAAGUUUUCGCUCUCUUCUCUUCUUCAUCUCACCUACUGCCCCUUUCUGCCUCCCUUUUAGCUUUUCGAUUUCGCUUUUAGCUCUUUACCAACAACAAACAGACCCAGACCCAGACCAAAAAUAUCCCAACAGAAACCCAGAAAAACUGGCUUGAUGAGAUUUUUAGGUUUCAAGUAUGGGGUCCUCUGGAUGGUCAUCUUCCUCCUCCUCUCGCAGCAGAUCACCGCCCAGAACACAACCCAGACCGGAACACCAACUUCUUCGGCGCCGAAAUUCGAUAUCAAGAUGGCAGUUGUCAUGAUCGUCCUGGUGGUCGUGUUUUUCAUUUUGGGGUUUCUCUCCGUCUUCACCCGCCAAUGCGCUCAGACACGACUCGCCGGACGCGCCGACCUCGCGCGUGAGCGCAUGAUGGCGCGCGGCCUCGACCCUGCCGUCAUCGAGACUUUCCCCGCCUUCCUGUUCUCCGACGUGAAGGGGCUCCACCUCGGCAAGGACUCGCUUGAAUGCGCUGUAUGCUUGAACGAGUUCCAGGACGACGAAACGCUGCGUUUAAUCCCCAAGUGCGACCACGUCUUCCACCCCGACUGCAUCGACACGUGGCUGAUUUCCCACUCGACCUGCCCGGUCUGCCGUGCCUAUCUGGUUCCCAAGCCCGGAGAGGAGCCGUACAGCGCUCUGAUGGAGCUUAUCGAGCAGGAAGCGGGUCAACCCCAACCGGAAGAGGGUGCUGCCGAACCCAAGCUGCCCCGGGACGUCUCGGUUCGUUUUGUAGAGGAUCAGAUUAAAGAAGAGGAAGGAACUCCCAAGAUUAAUUUGAUCAGUGUUAAUGAUCCGGCCAAUCCAAGACUUCCACCAAGGUCGAGGUCGACCGGGUUUGGGCCGAGGUCAAGGUCGACGGGCUUCGGCCCUCCGAGGUCAGGGUCCACUGGACGGCGAAUCGCGGGAAUGUUAUUCCCGAGGUCGCAGUCCACUGGCCACAAUUUGGUAGUCCAGCCCGGUGAGAAUACCGAGAAGUUUACUCUACGGUUGCCGGAGGAGGUACGAGCUAGGUUGAUGAACAUGGCGUUAACACGUGCCAAGAGUACUAGCGUGUUCCCAAGGGCGGGGAGUGUGAGGCAAGGCUAUAGGAGUGGAAGUGUGCGCGGAGGGAAGAAUGGUUAUGACCGAUUCGAGGGAAGUUCGCGGUCGAACCGGUGGGGUUUCUCAAUGAUGCCGCCUUUUCUGUCUCGGUCGGUUAGGCAACAACCUGGUGCCGAUAGCGAUGUGGCAACUCAAUCAACGGUUGCAGUGCCGGAGCCAAAUAAGUCACCAGAGAGGGUUGUUAUUGAGGUCGAGGAAGAGAGGACCGAUGUGCUACGGCAGAAAUGUCAAGUUUAAAAUUCUUCACCGUUGUAGGUGGUUGAGAGAUUUGUGUACAUAUCUUGUUAACUGAAUUAAAUUUUUUUUUGUUUCAAAAAUUUUAUUUUAGAUAGACUGUUCACGAGAGAAAUACAUGUAAGAAAUUUUAUCAAUAAAUUGUAAUUCAAUUGGAUGUGGAUUUUAUAGA